CCCUUUAUCUCCUACCUCUCCUGGGAGUCCAGUGAGUCCUGGGACUCCUUUGUCACCGGGUGCUGUUCCAUACAAGCACAACUGCAAAGCUCAUCACUUACAUACUGUUGGAGGUGUGGUAGAACAGGAUGUUUGUACCCGUUGCAGUCACAAACGGUGGCACCUUAUCAAGCCAACUCAUAAAUCUAAAGAGCAGAGAAGAAGUCGUAUUGGAGAAGUUACAGUCCUUUCUGUGGGAAGGUUCCGAGUGACAAAAGUGGAGCACAAAUCAAACUCCAAAGAACGGAAAAGCUUGAUGUCUGUGAGUGGAGUGGAGAGUGUCAAUGGUGAUAUGGCAGCCACACCUGUGAAACAGGAGCCCAGUGAAGCACCUGCCACACCUGUGAAACGGGAAGUGCAGGAGAGGAGGAGAUCACAGUGA